CUGUAUAUACAUACGUUAUUGAUUGAGUUUUUUUGAGGUGAAUUGUUUUGUAUUACAUCAAUUAAAAAAUAAAAUAUGCCGGCCACAACUACUGCUGCUUCUUCUGACGAUGGCGUAGUUUUCUGUCAUAAUGGGCCAAGUCGUGUUGCACCAUCACUUUCAAGCUUUGUUCUGAAACUGGAAACCUAUUUGAGGAUGACCGAAAUCCCUUAUAAAGAAGAAGUUUCUUUAAAAAAAUCUCCAAAGGGAAAAAUACCAUUUGUUAAGAUUGAUGGAAAAGAUCUUGGUGAUACCAAUUUCAUUAUUCCAUAUUUGAAUAAAAAGUAUGAAAAAGACCUAGAUGCUUCUCUGAAUCUGCAGGAAAAAUCAAUAUCUUUAGCUUUCAAAAGAUUGAUUGAGGAAAACCUGUACUGGACAAUGGUGCAUUAUCGUUGGGUGGAAAAUUAUUCAUCAUUUUCAAAAAUAAUUCCUGUCACAGGCUUUUACAAGAAGAUUAUGCCAAUUGCGGGAGCCAUGAUCCUCAAACCAAAUGUUAAGUCUAAUCUGAAUGGUCAUGGAAUGGGACGCCACUCUGUAAAAGAGAUUCAUGAAAUUUCUGCCAAUGAUUUGAAAGCGUUGUCUGAUUACCUUGGUGAUAAACAAUUUUUCAUGGGUGAAAAUCCUACUGAAAUUGAUGCAAGUUUGUUUGGAUUGUUGGCUCAGUUCCGCUUCACAAUGCCCGAAAGCGAACAGGAAAAGUUGAUGAAGGAUGAUCUUAAGAACCUUGGUGAAUACACUGAUCGGAUGCGUGACAGAUACUUUUCAGACUGGGAGGAAAAAUUGCUACAAGAAAAAAAAAAAGUGGAAGAGGUUCCUGAAACAAAAAAGGCUGAGAGUGAAGGAGAGAAAAAUGGUUCUGGUGAUAAAGUGGAAGAAAAAGAGGAAAAGAAUGGUUCGGGUGAUAAAGUGGAAGAAAAUGAGGACAAGAAGGAGGAGGCUCCAAAAAAUGGGAGCAAGGUUGAGGAGGUAGCAGGUGCUCAAGAUGGAAAACAAGUGGAUGAAGAAAAACCUACUGAAGAAAAAAAAGAUGAAGCCUAAUUUGUUAAUUGAAUAAUAUCAUAAAAUUAGAGGUUCUUACGUACUAAUAACAUUCCAUCUGCCUUGUUGUUUUGUGAUGAAUAUAUAUUUGUUUUGCUUCAAUUCCUUCAUUCAAGUUUACUUUUGCAGUAUGUUUCUAUUGAGUUUGCUAAAAUAUUUCAUUAAUAGUAUAUUUAUAAUUAUUCAAACUGAAAUCAUUGCAGCAAGAUUUUUUUUUCGAAAAAUAUCUGAUAUGGCUCAUUAGAUGUAUAUUACCUGAUUCAUAAAUCUUAUUUUUCUAUGCUUAUUUUGCUUGCCUACAAUUUUAUUUACUGUGUUGUAAUAUCAAUUGUGCUUCUGCUCUUUGAUAGUUCUUUUGUUUUUGUAAUUUCUAUGUUUUUGUAAUUCAUAUUGCCAUUCCAUUAUCUCAUGAGAAAAUUCAAUUCCUGCUUUCCUCUGGUACAAGUAUACUUUUGCAAUGUCAUAUCAAUCAUGUUUAAGUAAUUGUUUCAUCUUGUAUAACACCAUGUUAUCCUUUGUAUUACGUAGA